AUGGCCGCUUCACACACCGGUUUCCGAGAGUUCCUGCCCGAUCUCAGCACACCGCGCUUUACUUCCAUGCAAAAACAGAAUGCGCAUGAAUACGCCGACGAGUUCAAGCAGAAAGGCACCCCUCCUUGGCUACACGCACUGUACCUCCACUGGAGGAGACUGUUUCAGGAGCCAUUCAGAGGCAUCACAAAUGACGGUCGGAUUCGACCGGACCUCUAUCAGCUGCAGGAUGAGGGUAUACCCAUCGAUGCGAUCGUCGUAGCCGCUAACUCGAUGCUGACCAAAAUGACUGAAGUGCAACGUCAACGCGUCAAAUACCAUCUCGACUCGCCCGAAUGGCGUUCAUGGUCUAAUCCUGAAUUUCUACUCAGCAACAAAGGUGUGCGUCUUGAUGAGCUGGACGAGAUGCCCGACCUUCGCCAGAGUAUUCUGGAUGUUCUCAAGGCCACAUUGUCCCCGGAAGGCUAUGCGAAAGCGCUUGGUGCCAUGAGGAUCAAUGGAUUCCUUGGCGAGCUUGUCGAAGCCCAUCGCAUAUGCAACGAGUACUCCUACAACUUCGUCUUGUUCGGCCAGCCGUCCAGAUCACAGCCCUGGGGCUUUUCAUUUUAUGGCCAUCACUUGUGUUUGAAUAUCUUCUUGUACCAAAGGCAGAUAAUCAUCUCUCCAUGGUUCACAGGCGCAGAGCCCAAUAUCAUGGACGGUGACAGUCCACUUGCUGGAACAAGAAUUCUCUCCAUUGAAGAAGCUGCUGGGCUCCAACUGAUGCAAGAUCUUCCGAAAGACAAACAAGCCAAGGCACAGAUCUACGCGUUGCUGAAAGACCCACGUAUGCCGGAGGGUCGUUGGAACCACGACGAUCAGCGCCAUCUUUGCGGUGCGUAUCGCGAUAACCGUAUCGUUCCGUACGAGGGUAUUUUGGUCAGCGAGAUGACCCCUGAGCAACAGGCUACUGUGCUUGAGAUCGUAGAGCAAUAUUUACUCUAUCUGCCCACCACGGCACGAUCCAUGCGGACAGAGCAGGUGAGAUCACGGUUUCACGAGACUUACUUCUGCUGGAUCGGAGGGUAUGGUGACGACGAUGCCUUCUAUUAUCGCAUACAGAGUCCUGUGAUCAUCAUUGAAUUCGAUCAUCACUCAGGUGUCUUCCUGACCAACAAGGAGCCGGCCAAGUUCCACAUACAUACCUUACUCAGGACCCCCAAUGGUGGCGAUUACGGCAUGGCACUGCGACCGAUCAUAAAAGGCAUGGAGCAGCACUUCGUCUGGCAAGGCGAUACAACCUUGUCCCAAACAUGA